AAGAAGAACAAACGAACGAACUAUUUUUAAAGCAUUUUUACAAGUGUAAAUUAAGCAUGUACGCGUCUAACGGCAUUUUGAACUCAACCCCCUUUAGCAAAUGCUUGCGACGCACAGUGUUUCAGCUGCACGUGGCCGCACGAAUAGUGUGAGAAAGCGCAAAGGACAAAGCACAGAGCGAAGAGCGCAGUGAAUUAAAUGAAGAAAAAAGGCGAAGGAGGAAAUAAGUAAAAUAAUUGCAGAAGAAAAAACAACAUUUGUCCGUCCAGCAUUAUUUUAUUUUGCUCCAAAUGAAAAGCAACAAAACAAAAGCAACAACAAAUGAACUAAAUAGCUAAAAGCUAAGCAGCGACUACAACAACAGCAAGCAGAGUGAGAAGCCGUUACUCAAAAUUGGGCAUAGGCAAACACACACACACACACACACACCUAUACACGCGUAAACGAACACACACACACAGACGCCCGCACGUACACAUAUGCGCAGCCUUUUGCCGCAGUCAUAAAAUAAUCAAGCAAAGUCAAAGAGGAAAGGGUAGAGCAGAAGAUAGAGGCGAGGAGCUGCUGCUGUCAAAGCAAAGCAGAGCAGCAAAACGACUGCAACGUCGAAUGCUGCUGACGAAACAUCUCCGCUGGGACGCAUAAAGCAAUUAGCAAAGGUUGACAGCACACACAUACACAUAGACAGCCAAGGCAAGUGUAAUAGUGUGCGUGUGUGUGUGAGCCUCUGUGUGGGCCGCUGGUCAGGAUUUGCAGAGUGUCCAAUGACGGCUAACAUGCGUGCUGUGUCGCAUCCCUGGAUUGUAUUUAGACUAAUUGCGCACAACAAUAACAACAACACCAAGAACAAUAUCAAGAGCAACAACAACAAAUAUUGCAGGCAAAAUGCUGCUGCUGCUCCACCUGCUCAGCGGUGGCUACUGCUGUGAUGAGAGCUGAAGAGGAAGCAAUGGAGAGGCAACGACAGCAACUGAAAAAGCAAAAGCAAAAACGUAACACGUACUCGACUCGCCCUGUGAUAUAACUGCACCGUAGUUGUAACCGUUUAAAUAGUAGCUCAUAGUUAUCGUUAAUCGAUAAAUAGCUUAAGCUAAGCAGCGCCCGGCUACACUUGGAUUGAAGCUGACUGCGCGUGCACUCAGUAAUUAAAAUAAAUCUAUACAAAUAAUUAGAAGUAAUUAAGUAAAUAUAUAUAUAGUAAAUAUAUAUAAUUAUACAUCACACACUUUGCCUGCCUGCCUGCCCCCCUCUCUCGCGCUCCAAUAACUUUUUGCUGCCUGCCUGCCCCGCCAGACCUUGCGCCAUUUGAGUGUAACUAGACCGGAUAUCGAUAGCGAUUAAUCGAUUGAAACAGCCACAGUAUGGGAGAUGAGCACGAGAAACGCACCACCAAGGAGAAGCUGCUCUUCUAUACGACGGCAUUUUUCAUACUCCUCGGCACGUUUAGCCUGUUCGCGUUUCUGUUUCUGGUUCCGUUCGUGAUUGAGCCGGCCUUCACGACGAUCUUCAUGCAGUUCGAGGAGGUGCCGGCGCUGUGUGAGACCUACGAUACGGAAAUCUAUUUUGGAGCCAAGAACUGCUCGUGGUCGUCGUGCCGUGAGGGCUGCACCAAGGACAUCUACACGUGCACACAGAUUCGCGUCAAUUAUCGCCUCAAUCUCUACAAUUUCACGGACGAGUUCAACUUCACGGAAUAUCACAUCAAUUUACGUGAAGCCGAACGUAUUCUGCCGCCUGUGAAGCGCACGGAUCGCUACGAGCGUGCGUUGAGGGACUACGAGUACGAUGGUCUGGUUGGGAAUAGCAUUGACAUGGAUGUGGACAGCACCGGUUCCAUGGCCACGAAUCAAUUCGAGCAGAUGAAGUUCGGGGAUGCCGAUGGCUCCAAUGGCUAUUUGAUAGAGGAUUCGGAAUCGGAUACAGAUGAUGCUGUGAACACAAUGAUCACUGGCGAGCGACGCCCCUUCGACGAGAUCUCUGAGCUGAACGAGGGACUCAUGGGCCUCAAUUCGACCUACUACUAUGUGGGUGCCCGGUUGUUUCCCAAUGUCAAGGGCUGUGGCUAUCCGCCCAUGCUGAACUGUACAAUUUGGCUAAAGCGCUAUAUGAGGAUCGGAAUUAAGUUUCCUUGCUAUUACUCGAAGGUGGAUCCCAGUUUGGUGAUCAGCGAUCUGGACUAUUGGCAGAAUACGCUAAACUUGGUCUACUCGAUGGCCAUACCCAUUCCAUCGUUCAUCAUUUCGGUCAUCUAUCUGACCUAUGCCUACUUUAAGAUCUACAAUGAGGAUGAGGAGACGGCGCCGCUCGACAAGAACGCCGAGGACAUGGACAUCGAUGAUAUCGAUGCUGUUGAUGAUAGCGAUGGAGCAGUUCUGGCUGACAAUGCAGCUGGCAGUCAGAUUGUUAACAUGGACUCCACGACCAAUGAUAGCUGCCUGGAGGGUGUCCUGCCCAAUGGUGGGCCCGGCAUGACCAGGUGCAUAUCCCAGGGUGGCUCGAUAACCACUCAAUCCGGCCACUACAUCGCCCAGUCUCCAGCGGGCUCACAAAUGACGCCCAACUCGGAGAUCAAUUCGUUCGGCCAUCAGCUGAAGGUGCAAAUGGCCGAUGAAUUGUCUAGAGAUUCGCUAGAAAAUGGCGUCCUCUCAACAUCUAACUCAGUGCAAGGAAACUUGAGCAAGACGAUGACGACGAGUAUCUCAACUCCCCCUGGGCCGACAGCGGCAGUCUGAAACGUCAGGCGCAUGGUCUGGAAAAUGUUAGAUUCCGAUUCGGAAAAUGAACCGCUGCUCGACUAGCGGUUCCAUGCAGCAAGCAAAAACAAA